AUGCCGUCAGACCGAUGUCAAUUUUACCAGCCGAUUUGGUUUUACGCCUUCGCCGAACCUUUGUUCUUUCGUCUCCACGCAACACAUAUACAAGCCCGUUGCUUUCUCGAUCAGACAAAAACUCCGCUCUCUACUCGCUGCUCUCACCUCCGAUUGUCCACACUUCACACAUCACUUUCCCGAUUCUCCAGUCGCCAGGUAGCCCCUCCACUCGGUUGCACUUACAAUCUGGUUGCUUGGAGGGCACACAUGAGCCAACAGAGCUCACCAUGCGUCGACAACCCACGCAAUCUCGUCUAUAUGUCCGCGCAUGGAUGCAAUCUUAGAUCGAUUUUGUCUCGGUGUACGUGUGCACAUUUGGUACCAUUGCGAGAGGUGAUUUUCUACAAAUUGAGCCUUGUCGACGGUAGACAGUGGAGCGGACUAGAAUUAUGUAAGCUGUACGCAAGAAACGGGUUCAUUGCAUGCUUGUGCACACCCGAACUCCGACUGUCGUCUGUGUGCUGGGUUACAGACCGCAAGACUGGCCUGGCGGGCGCACACGUCGUCAUCCGCGAGAAUAGAAUGCUUGCGUCGUUUCCUCAUUCCGUUGCCUGUGAACCCGGUCCAUGA